GCCGCAGCGCCGGCGGCUCCCGGCGGCGGCGGGGCUCGGCCGGGCGGGCACAGCCGCUCCCCGCACCCCGCACCAGCGGCGGGGCAGCGCAGCUGGCAUGGUGCUGGCGGCUGCUCGCCGCGCCCGCGUUGCACGGAGGAAGCCUGAGCGGAGCCGCGAUGGAGAUGCUGCUGCCGCCCGUAUGUACCAAACUUUGCCAUCAGAAGCCCUUGGAUCUGAAAGAUGAUAACACCGAAAUUCACUGUCCUAUUACAGUAAAUCCAUGGCACAUGAAGAAAGCUUUUAAAGUUAUGAAUGAAUUAAGAAGUCAAAACUUGCUGUGUGAUGUGACGAUAGUAGCUGAAGACAUGGAAAUUGCAGCGCAUAGAGUUGUGUUAGCCGCCUGCAGCCCCUACUUCCAUGCCAUGUUUACAGGUGAGAUGAGUGAAAGCAGAGCAAAAAAAGUUCGAAUAAAGGAAGUUGAUGGCUGGACUCUAAGGAUGCUUAUUGAUUAUAUUUACACUGCUGAAAUUCAAGUUACAGAAGAAAAUGUGCAGGUACUGCUCCCAGCAGCUGGUCUCUUGCAACUGCAGGAUGUGAAGAGGACUUGCUGUGAAUUUUUGGAAUCUCAGCUUCAUCCUAUCAACUGCCUGGGGAUUCGUGCUUUUGCUGACAUGCAUGCAUGCACAGAUCUCCUGAGCAAGGCCAACACAUAUGCAGAACAGCAUUUUUCCGAUGUUGUACUUAGUGAAGAAUACCUCAACCUUGGUGUAGAGCAGGUGUGCAGUCUGAUAUCCAGUGACAAACUCACAAUUGCCUCAGAGGAGAAGGUAUUUGAAGCAGUGAUAGCCUGGGUAAACCAUGACAAAGAUGUAAGGCAGGAGUUAAUGGCACGUCUGAUGGAGCAUGUUCGGCUGCCUUUGCUUUCCCGGGAGUAUUUAGUUCAGAGGGUUGAAGAGGAAAUACUGGUUAAGAACAGCAGUGCUUGUAAAGAUUACCUCAUUGAAGCUAUGAAGUAUCACUUGCUACCAACUGAGCAACGGGCAUUGAUGAAAAGCACACGGACAAAACUGAGAACACCCGCCAGCCUUCCAAAAUUGAUGAUGGUAGUUGGGGGACAGGCUCCAAAGGCAAUUCGCAGUGUUGAAUGCUAUGAUUUUAAAGAAGAACGCUGGCAUCAGGUAGCUGAAUUGCCUUCCAGAAGAUGUAGAGCAGGAAUGGUGUACAUGGGAGGCAUGGUUUAUGCUGUUGGUGGUUUCAAUGGCUCUUUGAGAGUUCGUACGGUAGAUUCCUAUGAUCCAGUGAAGGACCAGUGGACAAGUGUUGCUAACAUGCAAGACAGGAGAAGCACACUGGGAGCAGCUGUGUUAAAUGGCCUUCUUUAUGCUGUGGGAGGAUUUGAUGGCAGUACAGGUUUGUCAUCAGUUGAAGUUUACAACUUAAAGACUAACGAGUGGUUUCAUGUAGCUCCAAUGAACACAAGAAGAAGUAGUGUUGGUGUUGGUGUUGUUGGAGGGAAGCUGUAUGCUGUUGGUGGCUAUGAUGGAGCGUCACGGCAGUGCCUUAGUUCAGUGGAAUGCUACGAUGCCAAUUCCAACGAGUGGAGCUAUGUCGCAGAGAUGAGCACGAGGCGGAGCGGAGCAGGUGUUGGUGUGUUAAACAAUUUAUUGUAUGCAGUAGGUGGUCAUGAUGGUCCUUUGGUAAGAAAAAGUGUGGAAGUGUUUGACCCCAUUGCCAGUACCUGGAAGCAGGUUGCAGACAUGAACAUGUGCAGAAGGAAUGCAGGUGUUUGUGCUGUAAAUGGUCUCUUGUAUGUAGUUGGAGGAGAUGACGGUUCCUGUAAUUUAUCAACAGUGGAGUAUUAUAAUCCAACAACUGAUAAAUGGACAGUUGUGUCAUCUUGUAUGAGUACAGGAAGGAGCUAUGCAGGUGUUACAGUUAUUGACAAACCAUUAUGAUCAGUAAAAGGAUUUUCAACUUGAUUAUGCACUAGAAGCAGUCUUCAACAAGUGUAUUUGAAGUGACUGAGUAUCUAAGCACUUCUCUACUUGUAGCUGCACCUUGAGUCACAGUGGAAGAUGUGACUGUCUACAAUUACAGAUGGCAGAUGAUGAAGAUUACUCUAGGUAGAAGCAAUUUGUAGGAUUAUUCUGCAGUUGAGCAGAAGCUGAUUGAACUUUUGAAGUCUGGUGGACCAUUUUUUUUAUUGCAAGGUCUUCAGAAAAAACCCAACGCUUUCAUAAGGACCAGCUUCUGUCAGUCAUGACUGAGAAAUGGAUUGUGAGUGAAGAAUGGUGUGUAUUCUGGUGAAAGUAAAUUUUUGUCUUAUUUUUUCCAGAGACUAAUAAAUAUAUUUAAGGAAAUGAA